AUAAUGUUUCUCAUUGGAGUGCGAAAAAUCAAUUAUCAGAGAUUUUCUGUAACAAUAGCGAGAACUGUAUAUUACGUUUUGUAAUUGAAAUCGACAUUUAUAUGACUCGUAAAGAUCUAUGCUUCUUGGCUUUAACACCACAAAAUAAAAUCGCAAAGUGA